UGAAAUCUGACAUGGGGCUAGACAUUUUUUCAAUGUCUGCUCCCCAGUGCUCUCAUGUUCUUUCCCAGCCAAUUACCUCUGCUUCAGAUUACGAGGAGACAGCUAACCCUGAAUAUUUUAUUGGACCAUCAAGAACACAUUAAAAUCUGUGACUUCAGCCUGGUAAAGCAGAGCAUAACAAGUGGCUGGGCCGGAAUCAUGGAAUACAUGGCGCCAGAGAUUCUAAAGAGAAAAGCAUACAAUGCAACAGUAGACUGGUGGUUGUUUGGCGUCACCAUCUGUGAAAUGGCCACUGGUAUGGCACCCUUCAACAACAGUGACACCAAGGAGCUUAUUAAUUCCAUCAAAUUCUGUGAUCCAGAGCUACCUGAUUGGCUGGAUGAAGAUCUAAAACAUCUUCUGGGACAGCCUGUGCCCAGGUGAUGAUGUCAUCAGGUGGCACCUUCCACUAAGCAAGAGACCUCAACCGUUAUGACAGUUGGUGUGACAGCGUCCGAGAGAGAAGAAGCAGAAGAGAGAGAGCUCCAGUGGAUUUCAAGAGAAUAUGAAGAGAAUACAUUCUAAUUCCAUCGAUUCGGAUCCCCCACCUUCAAAGGAGAAGAAGAGAAGAGAAGACCAUGAAGAAGAGCAAGAAGA